UAUCUCCGUCCACUCUGCGUGAGGUGCCUUGCUGACAGCAGGCCAAGCGUCUGGCUUUAGUGAUUUCGAGGCAACGAGCCCAGUACGCAUCAGCCCGCCGAGGGAUCAAGUGAACCAGUCGUUCCAUCUCUCAGAAAGAUGAGGGAAGACAUUUACACCAAGUUUCAGAAAGACGGUUUUUUGGUUUUCGAAGACUUCUUGAGCAAAGAAGAGGUUGAAAGGCUUUACAAUGCUGGAAUGGAACUGGCGGAAAACAUCUCUCCAGAUGAAAAGAAAUGUGUUUUCAACACAAUAAAUGAUGUUCAGAGUACGGACGAAUACUUUUUGGAAAGCGGAGACAAGAUCCGUUUCUUUUAUGAAAAGGACGCCCUGGACGAACAAGGGGAGCUGAAGGUGCCGGCCGGAUCGUCUUUGAACAAAGUCGGCCAUGCACUCCACUGGCUUCAUCCUGACUUCAAGGAGAUCUCGUUUGGCAACAAGAUCCAGGAUUUGUGCAGGAGCUUGCGAUUCGAAGCGCCCGUCAUACUCCAGAGUAUGUUCAUAUACAAAAACCCUGACAAAUGUGGCGAAGUAAAACCCCACCAGGAUUCCACGUACCUGUUUACCGAACCGAAUACUCUCGUAGGAAUAUGGAUACCUUUGGUAGACACGACUAUAGAAAAUGGCUGUCUUUGGUUCAUUCCUGGCUCACACGAGAGUGGAGUUCACAGGAGGUACGUGAGGAACAAAGACCCCGAGGUGAAGAAGCUGUUGGUUUACGAUAGGCCCGAGGUUACAUAUCCAUCGUCCGGAUUCGUGCCCGUCCCUGUAUCAAAAGGAUCGUGCAUCGUCAUUCACGGCGAUGUCGUACACAAGAGCGAGUGCAACAAGACGACAAAAGCAAGACCUGCGUACACAUUCCACGUGAUGGAUGUCUCGUCCCAGUACUCGCCGGACAACUGGCUUCAAUCCCCUCAGGGUUUUCCGCUGAUCUAUUCGGAUUAAAUUAAUCGAUUUUAUAUUAAACGGACACGUGUGGAAGGAGAAGAGCGAUUAGGUCGGAUUUUUAAUUUUUAAGUAGAACGUCUUCUUUAAACCUUUAAUUCUUAAAUUGUUUUGUGCGAAAUUUUAAUAUUCACAAAUAUAUGUUUUUAUUUUGUUUUCAUAAA